AUGGCUUUUCCAUCUGAAAUUUAUGAUUGUAUUAAAUUUUUACCUGAUCAACAACGUGGAAUUACUUUUCAGGAAGCUAAUGAAGAGGAAAGCAAAGCUAAAAUCGUAACUGUUUAUGUGCUUCAGAUAGAAGACAAAAAAAUUUUGGCUAUUUUGUCAAUAAAUAUAUUAACUUCUUCUUCUUACUCAAUGUAUGCUUUCGCUGAAAGUAUGCUAUCGGGACAGUUGUAUGAAGUGGUCAAUAGAAGUAAUGUUGCAUUUAUUAUGAAUGGUAUCCGUUUAACUAUUUACUUUUCUCUUUCGCUUUCCUUCACAAUGUUUUCCGUAAGAUCAAUUGAAUUCUGUUUUCAUACGAUAACAAAACAUACAGUUCAAUGCGAUCAGUCUGCAACUGUCGUUCGAUUGCUUAAAUGUUUUGGUUAUUUAGCCUAUGCUAUUAUCGUAAUUGUUUGUAUCGAAAUCAUUGCUACAAUAUUUGUAAGUUUCAGAAAAUUAAAAAUUUUGAAAAUUUCUGAUAAUUUUAUUUGCUACAUUUGCAGUUGUAUUAAAUGAGC